AUGCUUGCUCUGGAAACAAUAAGCACCUUAUAUCCUGAACCCGAUUUGGUACAUAUCCAUACCGAUGGUAGCCUUUUGAAGGACACUGACAACGCAGGAGGAGGGGUUUAUAGCCAUCUCUUCUCCUUUUAUUUUUCAACUGGAAAUUGCACGAUUGUCUUUGAUGGCGAGGUUGCUGCUAUUCGUGUAGCUCUGUCGCAGCUGUACUGUCAUCUGAGCAGUUUUGUUAAUGCUGUUAUCUUUUGUGACUCAAAAGCGGCAAUAUUUUCUGUGAAUUCAAACACUACUCCUGACUCCUUUAACAUCCUUGAGUGUAAAAAGCUUCUACUGGGUCUGUUCGGGCUUUCUAAGGAAAUUGUUUUGCAGUGGAUCCCGGGACACUGCGGUGUAGCUGGUAAUGAGUUAGCAGACCAUCUUGCUAAGCAGGGAGCUUCUAUCCAACAGACAUCGAAGAAAGCUGUCCCGCUCACCAAUGCGAAGCGCCUAAUCAAGAAAAAGAUGAUGGAUCUCACUUUAAACCAAUACACAGAGAAAAAUUCUGGUAAGAUCUGGUGGAAUAAUCUCAAAGAUCUUCCUAUGUGGCCAAGACGUAGGGCAGUUGCUGAGUUUCGACUGACUACCGGACACGACUGCCUCCUCAAACAUCUCCAUCGAAUUCAUGUUGCUCAAGCCCCUUUCUGUACGCUCUGUGACCUUCAAGCGGAGAUGGAUGCAGACCAGACUCGUCUUUUCCCGGCACUGGGGGACAUCUCUUUGCGUGACCGUUACUGGCGUGCAAGAGAUUUAUUGGGUUCAUAG